GGCACCGUUGAUCAGAUUACAAUGCUCUUUCACCAUUGCUCUUUUACUCUCACUUUAGUUUUAUACUAAUGCAUAGUUAGUUUUUUGUUUUAAAGCCGGUCAGGCAGGUAUUCAAUGUACAUAUCUUCUCUAACGUUUUAUUGCCAGUAUUCUUGUAAGAAAAUAUCUCUCUCUUUAAAAAUUAGUGCACGCAGAGAAGUAGAUUCCAUACCCACAUAUCGUGAUUUAUUACACCACUUCGCAAUCCCCCUUAUGAGUAUAUGCAUUUCUCUCGUAUUCCAGUUAGCAAAAUUGUAUGCUCUCAAAUUUCCAGUUUACUUUUAGAUAAUAGACAAACUGUGCAUGACUUUUGUUGCAGGGCAUUAGCCCGUGAGCAAUCGUCGCCGUAUCGUCCACAUUAGCGGCUAGUCAGUGUGUUAAAAUUAACAAAAGUCCAAUAACAAACGUAAUCUAAAAUACUUGUCAUAAUGUUAAGAGCGCCCAGCGCAGUUACCUACAGUGUAGCCGUCGGUGUGGGUGUAACACUCGUUUACUGGUGCUACCGGCAAUGGAAGAAUCGUAUAUCAAUGCCUAAAAAAUGGCGUCGUAUUGGCACGUUGGACCAAAUCAAUAUAUUUCCCAUUAAAUCUUGUGCGCCAUUAAAUCUUGAUGCCAACACUGAAGUCGAUUGCGAUAUACUUGGCUUAAAAUUCAAUGGUUGUCGCGAUCGUGCACUAAUGAUGAUCAACAAUUCAAAUGAAAUGAUCACCGCGCGUGUUUAUCCUCAUAUGGUGUUGAUUGCCACAGAAUUGGUGGAAUCGCAGAUAUUACAGAUCAGUGCCCCUGGCAUGAAGUCGAUACAAUUGCACCUGAGCACUUUAAAAUCAGAAGGCGAACAAAUCAAAACGAUGGUGUGGAGCACAUCAGUAAAUGUGUAUCUAGUUGGAGCUAAAUAUGACGAAUGGUUAUCCCAGUAUAUUCUAAAUAAAGAUAGUGGCAUAAGGCUGGUUCACUAUCCAUUGGAGAAACCCGUUAAAGCAAUUAAUUCCCGCAUGGUUCGGCAGCCAUAUAUUUUGAAAGAGGAUCGUGGAACCUUCAAUGACGCCACCAGCUAUAUGCUACUUAAUUUAUCAUCAAUUGAGGAACUAAGCACUCGCUUAUCACGAUCGCUAGAUCCGUUGCAAUUUCGUGGCAGCUUCCACCUGAAAAUGGACUUUCCCGAGCCUUAUGCUGAAGAUUACUGGAAGUGGGUGAAGAUUGGUGAUGAUGUAGUUUUUCGUGUAGUGGCCCCAUGUACUCGUUGUAUAUUCCCUAAUAUAGAUGUAAAGACAGCAAAGCGUGAUCCCGAUGGUGAACCGUUCAAUACGUUAAAGAAGUAUCGCCUAUUCAAAGGCUAUGCUAGUCCAGCACUUGGCAUUCACUUGGGCUUACGCGCCGCGGGUUCUAUCAAGGAGGGUGCAGUUAUCUAUGUUGAGGAUAAGUGAAGAGAUUUUAUGCAGCUAUAGUAAACAAGAAUAUGUAAUACACAAAUACAUAUCUUAAGAUCCAACAAGAAAAUUAAGUGGAACUGUGAAAAAUAUGUUUAUUUAACGAUCUACAUAAUGAUUAUAAUAAUUCUAUAAAUAGCUAAAAUAAAAAUAAUACUGGUUGGAAGAAAAAAUAUAUUCAAUGCCCUUCGUAACGUUUUGUCGGCCUACCAACUCCACGUUGAAAAACAGUGUAGAUCAAACAAUAGGUAAAAUAGGUAAAACCUUAUUAGUUCAGUUGGACAGAGGUAGCUCGGAAGAGAGUUUAGUUAAUUACUCACUGAGUUGAAAAACAUACUGCAAAAAUUGCAAAUCAAAUAAAUGCUUUGCACUUUAUUUUGUAUUAGACAUAGCCUAAUCUCAUACCUACAUAUAUUAUAUGCUUGAAACCUUAUAAAUUAUAUAAUGUUAAAGAAAGUACAUGAAUUUAUUACCUUUUGUAUUUAAACUUAUGUAUAAUUGGUUAUCAAAGUACUGAACAAACAAAAUUGUAAAUAGAAGAUGUGCAAUCUUACGGUUUAAGGAAUAAGGACGAUUUCAUAGAUACUAUCUAUAAAUCUAAUUAGGCGCAAAGUGAUUCAAUAAACAAAGACCGAAAACUA